AUGGCUCACAUGCACCAAACACAACCAUAUUUAGUGAGAGGCUUGCCACCGGAAUCUGAAGAGUUCUCUACCUUGUUCAACCAACUCUUUAACAACUCUUCACCAAUAGGGAUGAACCCGAACAUAUCCGGGUCGGACUACACCUCACCCCACCCGGUUGCUUCAUCUCCCUCAAGUUCCCAUUUCUCUGAUCCCUAUGCUAAUGCUUACAUCCCUGACCCUGAUCCCAACACCUCCUUCAAACAACACAACAUCAAAGAGACUCAUCCCUCUGAUUUCACUUUCUCCGUUGAGAAGAAUGGUGAGGCAUCAGAGUUGCCAUCAAAGCGUGUCCCACCAUCACGUACUUCCUCAAAGAGAAGCAGAGCUGCAGAGUUCCAUAAUUUGUCUGAAAAGAGAAGGAGGAGUAGGAUUAACGAGAAAUUGAAAGCCUUGCAGAAUUUAAUUCCAAAUUCUAACAAGACAGACAAAGCUUCAAUGCUGGAUGAGGCCAUAGAAUAUUUAAAGCAGCUUCAGCUUCAAGUUCAAAUGUUAAUGAUGAGAAAUGGUUUGAGCUUGCAUCCAAUGUCUUUACCAGGGGGACUGCGACCUAUGAUAUUGCCUCAGACUGGGUUCAAUCUUGAUGAGGGUAAUGGAUUUCAGAAUUCCACCAGUGCAAUUGCCUCAUCUGCAAAUGAUGAAAGCUUAAUGCGGUCAGCUUUUAGUUUUCCAAAGCAAUGCAGCAUCUCACAUCAGUCUGUUGUCUUACCCUCAGUGACAAAUGUAGUUACUUCGGAUACCUCAUCCCGUUUUCAACCCUCAAUUAAGGAUGCACUCUGCGGAAGCAUGCCACAACUGUUUUUGGAUACAACAGAGAUUGGAAAAACCCCUUCUCCAGAUGUGUCUUAA